AUGACGGAGGAUCAAAUGACCCUCCGUUCGCUUACAGAUCUUCUCUCAUCCAAGGGUUCGUAUUGGCACCAACCACUCGAUAAACUCAUCACCCAAUGGGCCGAUACUCAGUAUGGCAACGAUAGCACCAAGAAUGUACUCGCCCGAGAUCUGAUGAGGAACCAACUUACCUCCCACAGAGAUGUCAUCCAGUCGGCACUGGAUGAGAAGGCUGAAGCGGUUGAGCUUCAAAAGAUACAUCUAGAGAAUUUGGUGGGGCGUCUCAAGCAUGAGCAACCCAACCCCGGAAAUGUCUUUUCUGAGAUCGAAAUUAUUCAGUAUAGGCUGGACGAACCCCUGGACGAGUUUAUGAGUUUGAACGCCAUGCUCGAUGUCGAUAUCAAGUCAGCUUGGCAAGAAGUGCAAUUAUUCGGAAAGUUGUUUGCGGACAUCAAGGGGUAUUUUGCUGCCAGGGACCAAAUGUCGUUUGGUAGACUCGCCAUUGAUUAUAAAGAGAUCGGAGGACUUCUUUUGGCGAUUUUGCGGGUGCAGUUGGAACUUCAGAAAAUGGAGGAACAAUCUCUAAUCAUCCAAUCAGAUAUCAGAGACAAAGUCAUGACGCUACACUUUGGCGUCGAUGCAAUCUUAGCUAUGGAAAAGAGUAAGAAAGAACCUCCGAAGGCGGCACCUCCCGACGGAUGA